CGUUAGUGUCAAGGGCACCGGUAGGGAUCUUUCGUUAGCUUAACUUUCAGUGCCUGCAUUGCACGUGCGUUUUCCGUCGGCCGUUUCACAACUAAAAUAUUACACGACUCUCUUUUCCAGCAAUGGACAGCUUCGGUUCAGACUUUUCAGCCGGUGGGGCAGGCGGUAAAAUGGACACCGGCACGAUUAUGGAGCAGGUUAAAGUUCAAAUCGCGGUGGCGAACGCACAGGAGCUGCUGCAGAGAAUGACAGACAAAUGCUUCAAAAAAUGUAUAGGGAAACCUGGAAGCACAUUGGACAACUCAGAGCAGAAAUGCAUCGCCAUGUGCAUGGACCGGUAUAUGGAUGCGUGGAAUACUGUUUCCCGAACAUAUAAUUCCAGAUUACAGAAGGAAAGAGCUCGCAUGUGAAUGUGCAUCCCUUACUACUCCUCUUUUCUUUCUUUCGUCCCUUGUUUGACCAAUGCUUACCUAAGGAAGUCUGAGGUCACAUGGUGUUCUCAGGUUCCUCAUGGAUGCUGCACAGCUACGACUUUCUUUUUUCCUCCCCACAAUACCUCAAGCAGGCUGGCACAGCCUGUGGACUGCAGCCAUAACAGUGUGGACAACAUUCAAUUCAGUAACAACAAUUGUUAUUAUUAUUAUUAUUUUUUUUAAUGCAAUGACAAACUGGUAUUGUGCCAAAAAAAAAAGAAGUGUUGCCCUGGCCCUUUAUGUGUCCCAAUAUCUAGAAGAAGGUUUGUGUGAGUGAUAGGUAGCAAUGAUUGACACGAAAUACUGUUCAGCGCAACCAUAUAUUGAGGUUGACAUUCACUUACGAUCAAACUAAUCUCCACUGUAUUCGUGAGUCAUGUAUAUAAACAAAUUUUGGUUUCUUCAAAUAAAUAGGAAUUAUAUCAGAAGACAAAUGCCAGUCCUGUUAUUUUGUACCAAUGCAACAAAUAUUUUGGGAGUCCAAAACAGGUUUGAUUUGGAUCACAUUCAUUUUUGCAAUAAUUUGCCCAACCUCUUUUUCAAUGUUACAUUACUGUAUUGCAUCGUACUCGGUUGUACAGGUGUGCCUAAAAUUGUGGCCGCAGUCAGUGUAGCCAAGGUAACUGCUGCAUUGCUUAAUAUUCAAACCUGAUUGUUUAGGAAGCACUGAUGUUCGCGAGUCUCCAAAUUCUGAGAACAAAACCAAGUUUUGUUCUACUCGCUGUCCAGCUGUCACACUAUCUCCACCCUCCCCACAGUAGCCAGCUUGUUCCGGCAGGCACUACCAUAAGACGCAGCGAGCACAGAAACUACAUGCUGAGCACAGACGUCAAAGGGAACCAAUGUCAUUUUUUUUUUUCACUCUCGCCUGUAAAACUCUCACGGGUUGCCUCUGACCAUAAUGGUGCGAUUUGGGAGUGCUUGUGAAUACUGUACAUUAAAUUGUUUAUCCGAACAACCAAUAAAUUGUCAUCCAUGUCAUUUUCAAAAA